AUGGCUAGUCAAGUGCUGCCAGAACACUGGUCUGAGCUGAACGCCGCUCGUAGCCAACGAAGUCUCUGUAGCUUGGAUGUGGGCAAGCUCAAGAGUACCUGUGUGCAGGGCUGCGGCAAGAAGCAUGUUACCGAGUGCAAGGACUGCUACGGCAAGAUCCUCGAUCGCAUGAGGAAACGGUAUAGCGAAAGCCAGGAGAAGGAGUGGUUCUCACAACGACGGGCGUUUCUGCAGGAGCUGGAUGAUCUCUUUACGGACGCCAAGGACAACAACGGUAGCCUCCAGGCUAUCGAGGCGCACAUUGAGUCCGAGAAAGAGGCAUGGUACCGCUGGGUCCUACGGAGGCACCCAGACUUUCUCGAAGUUGCCGAGCAUAACACGUCACUUGAAGAAAUGAGAGGAAUGCUAGGGGAUCCGGACCGCAGUCGUGAAGAGCUCGUCGCCAUGAUGUGGCAAGGCGUCGGCCAGCCAGAAAAUUGGUCAGAAAAAGUUGAUGACUUUGUUGAAAAGGUGUCCACGCUCAAAGACAGACCUGAUGAGCUCAAGAAGCUCUACAUUGACGAAAUUUUUAAAGACGGUAUGGGAGGCUGUGUCUUUGAGCACGCUCAGCCCUAUUUAGACGAAUACCAAGCCUCGAGUACUUUGACGUUGGAGCAAAUUGUUGGUCGCAUUGUUGAAGAUCAUCACCGCAGCAGGAGCACGCAACCGCAAAGAGAUACACAUGCCAGUCGUCUGAAUGAGUUGCGCAGAGCAAAGACGGCCUUUGAGCAGAAGAGGAAGGAGUCUAAGGCACUCCUCCGCGAAGCUCAGGCUAAUUCAGUGCUCUACAACCUACCGACGUGUGCAGUAUGCCAGCGCACAGUUUCUCCAGACGACAUUUUUUCAUGCUCUCUUUGCCAAACUAUUGUGCAAAUGGGCGGGAGCGGUAAACUGACAGUCUACUGCUCAGAGGAUUGCUAUGAGAAUGGACAGGGAGAGCACAUUGGAAAGCAGCAUGACUGCAGUGCCGGAAACCAGUGUGUCCAGCUCUCAGAGGAGGACACGGAAAUGACGGACGAUGCGACACAGGCCGUGCUGUCGCAUAUACAGGAGGUACACGGUACCGGCUCGGAGGAUGCUGGGUCGACUGCCAUGCUCCUCUCGGAGGUAGUUGGACCGACUCUGGAAAGGGAGAAUCCUACGCUCAAGAUUGAGCUGCUCCAGUCGACAAUAUCGUUCGGAUAG